GGCAGCCACCAUGAAGGGCCUCAACCUGCUCUGCUGCUGCGUGGCCUCGCUCCUGCUCCUCAGCACCGCAGAGCUGCACGCCCCCGGCACGGACCAUGUCGGCGGCGCUGUCGAAAGCCCCCUGCCAGCCGCAGAGCCCAGGCUGGAGGAGAAGGCAGCCGACGGCAGCCCUGAGGAGGAUCAAGAUGGCGGCCCUGCCAACGCCUCCUUGCUCGGCGCUGCUGAGGAGGGACGUGGAGAGGGGGAGGAAGAGCCAGCGGGUGGCCUGAGCGGGGAGCCAGGGCCAGGGGAUGGCCAGAUGAAGGAGACCACCAUGAAGAAGGGCCAGAAGGAGCCCAUCGAGGCACAGGGCCCAGGGGAGGAUGUCAUGUUCGGCACCCCUGAGGCAACGCAACAUGAAGGGAAUGGUGGGCCUGACCCACAAGAUGGGUCCCGUGCCCAGGAGGAUGAGAAUCCGGCCACCAAGAAAGGAGCUUCUGAGGAGGAAGGGCAGCCUGGGAAAGAGAAAGUGGAGGAGCCAAAAGCUCCCAAGGCAGGAGAGGAAGGGGGCGAGCAGAGCUCAGAGGAAGAUGAUGAGCAGGGGGAGUCUGAGGAAGAUGAACAUGGCGAGUCUGAGGAAGAUGGAAGCAAGGGAGAGUCUGAGGAAGGGGGAGAGUCGAAGGAGGAGGAAGAGUCUGAGGAAGAUGGUGCCGAGUCAGUGGGGCCAGAGAAUGGAGCUGAAGGGAGCAACAAGGAAGCAGCUGGCACUCCUGGUAAAAAUGGCCAUGGCAAACCAGCAGCUGCCAGCAAGGGAGAAGCCAGGGCUGACUCUGCCAGCUGCCAUCACCCACCCUGUGGAGACGCAGCAGAAGACCCACCAGCAGCAGUGAAAAACCCACCAGCAGCAGUGAAAAACCCACCGGCAGUGGUGGAAGAUCCACCAGCAGCAGAAGACCCACCAGCAGUGGUGGAAGAUCCACCAACAGCAGAAGACCCACCAGCAGCCGAUGACCCACCAGCAAAAGAUCACCUGGCAGCAGAAGACCCACCAGCGGUGGUGGAAGACCCACCAACAGCAGAAGACCCACCAGCAGUGCUGAAAAACCCCCCAGCAGCAGAAGACCCCCCUGCAGACAAGACAUCUCUGGCAGAAACGGAGAGCUCACCAGGCCAAAGCUCCCACCCAGCUGCCGCUGAGCUCCAGCAUGGCCAUAUAGAAGAGGUUGAAGAUGCCAGCGAGCCGACCAAGCGCGACCGGUCCCACUUGGAGAGCACCCUCAAGCUGAACGAGGACAAACCCGCCGAUGAUGUCUCAGGAGUACUGCAGCGGCUGAGGAAGAUCUACCACUCCUCCAUCAAGCCCCUGGAGCACUCCUACAGAUACAACGAGCUGAGGCAGCACGAGAUCACAGCUUACCCCGGACGCACCCUGGGCUCCUCCGCCACAGAUGGGGAGAUCACUUCCAAGCCAAUGGUGCUAUUCCUGGGACCGUGGAGCGUCGGCAAAUCCUCCAUGAUAAACUACCUCCUGGGGCUGGACGACACUCCCUACCAGCUCUACACAGGAGCAGAACCCACCACCUCCGAAUUCACUGUCAUCAUGCACGGGCCCAAGCUGAAGACCAUCGAGGGCAUCGUGAUGGCUGCCGACAGCGCCCGCUCCUUCUCGCCCCUGGAGAAGUUUGGGCAGAACUUCUUGGAGAAGCUGAUAGGGAUCGAGGUGCCCCACAAACUGCUGGAGCGAGUCACCUUCGUGGACACGCCGGGCAUCAUUGAAAACCGCAAGCAGCAAGAACGAGGUUACCCGUUCAACGACGUGUGCCAGUGGUUCAUCGACAGGGCUGAUCUCAUCUUCGUUGUCUUUGACCCUACGAAGCUGGAUGUGGGGUUGGAGCUGGAGAUGCUGUUUCGCCAGCUGAAGGGCCGCGAGUCCCAAAUCCGAAUCAUCUUGAACAAAGCCGACAGCCUGGCCACCCAGGAGCUCAUGAGAGUCUAUGGCGCCUUAUUCUGGAGCUUGGCUCCUCUCAUCAACGUCACGGAGCCACCCAGGGUGUACGUUAGCUCCUUCUGGCCCCACGAGUACCAUCCAGAUACCCACAAAGACCUGUUCCUCAAAGAAGAGAUAUCGCUCCUGGAAGAUCUCAACCAGGUGAUUGAGAACAGGAUGGAGAAUAAGAUCGCCUUCAUACGCCAGCACGCCAUCCGGGUGCGCAUCCACGCCCUUUUGGUCGAUCGCUAUCUACAGACCUACAAGGACAAAAUGACCUUCUUUAGCGAUGGAGAACUGGUGUUCAGGGACAUUGUGGAAGAUCCUGACAAGUUCUUUAUCUUUAAGUCCAUUCUGGCAAAGACCAAUGUCAGCAAAUUUGACCUCCCCAACCGCGAGGCUUACAAGGACUUCUUUGGCAUCAACCCCAUCACCAGUUUUAAGCUGCUGUCUCAGCAGUGUUCCUACAUGGGAGGGUGUUUCCUAGAGAAGAUCGAGAAGGCCAUCACUCGCGAGCUUCCCGAUCUCUUGGGCAGCAUCGGCCUGGGGAAGAAGCCCAACGUUCUCUCCUGCGACGUCACUGGCUGUGGCGAAACCCCAAAGAAUCGCUACAAGAAGCCCUAAGGUGUUCUGUAGUACCACCAGCCAUCCACGUGUUCCUACCGGUGAAUGAGCUUAUGUCUUAUCUGUCCAAGAAGCCACGGUUUGUUAACCCUUCGAGCGCCACACUGGCAAAAAAGGCUGCUGUACUAUGAGGACUUUGAGUCAUUGACAUCGAUGGCAGGGGAAGAUGGGUGGGCAUAAGAAAGAGAAUAAAAACUGUGAAUUCCUGACA